UGACAUUCAGGAACGCCAAGUCAUGAACCUAAAUGCUGGGUAUCAAGGCCCCAAGGUACCCACGAGCCAUGCGGCGUUCGGCUGGGCCGCUUUCCUAUCCCCCAUCAACCUCCAGUCAUCCCACUCUUCACCUCCCCCGCUACAUGGUCAAACAGCAGGACCCUCACAACUAUGUUUGAAUACCUGAUUGCUUUAGUAGGGCUGUACUUUGGAUGGAGCCUCGUCUGUCUGGAAAUCAACCACAGGCGCGCUUCGUCCAUGGGCAUUCCGCUUGUGCGAGUCCCUGUUGAUCCACUGAACAUCCUCUUCCAAGUAUUCGAGCCACACCUCUGGAAAAUUCUGGACCUCUUUCCCUCCGUUAUGAUGCCAAACUUUGCCCGGUACAUGCGACGAGGCUGGUUCUUUCUCGACAAGGCUGACUCCCACCUCCGCUAUGGCCCGAUAUUUGCCUGUGUGACGCCUCGUGGCAUCCACGUCCAAGUGUGCGACUCGGAGGCGAUUCAUGACAUGUUUUCUCGGCGGUUUGAUUUCGUGCGUCCGAGUGAGAAUUACAAACUCCUCGAAGUGUACGGCCCUUGUAUCUCCACGGCAAGCCCGACAGAAUGGCCGCGGCACAGAAAGAUACUCGCCGCGCCAUUCAACGAGAGCGUGAUGAAAUUUGUAUGGAGCGAGUCUCUUGAACAGACGAAACAGAUGAAUGCCUUAUGGGUCAGUUCAAAGAAUUCGACCAACGGGAUCCAAAGCGUUGCCAAAGAUACGCGCACCCUUUCCUUGAAUGUUCUUGCUGCUACUGGAUUCCGCCGUUCCUUCAGCUUCCGGUCCUCGAGUGACGGAGAAACAGAUACUGACGCGGCGUCUUCCUACCGCGAGGCAUUAUCGACGGUGUUAGAUAACGCCAUCCUCCUCAUGUUAAUCCCACCUCGCUAUCUAUUGCUCCCAAUCUUCCCAAAAUCACUACAACGCAUUGGCAGGGCCGCAGCUGAAUUUAAGAACCACAUGGAGAGGAUGUUAGAGGAGGAAACUACGGCUUUAAAGCAGGGUAAAAAGGGUGCAGGAAGUCUCAUGACAUCCUUUGUCAAGGCUAUGAACACUUACGAGGCCCAGCAUGAAGGCCCCAAACUAUCCCAGGGCCUAUCUGCUGAAGAAAUAUUCGGAAACAUCUUCGUCAUCAACUUCGCCGGUCAUGACACUACCGCCAACACUCUUGCCUUCAGUAUGGUCCUGCUUGCUACGGAACCUGAAGUGCAGGAGUGGGUAGCUGAAGAAGUACGCAAGGUAAUUAUGGAAAAUGACGAUUGGGAAUACGGCCGUCUCUUUCCACAACUUGUCCGAUGCCGCGCCAUCCUAUUCGAGACACUCCGGCUCUUCCCACCCAUCCUCUCGCUUCCAAAACGCACUAGCUCCAAGCCCCAACGCCUUCAGAUAGGAGAUCGCUCAAUCCUCAUCCCAGCAAACACCAGUACUAGCCCUAGCCUUAUCGCAGUCCAUACCCACCCUCAGUACUGGCCUGACCCCCUGAAAUGGAAUCCUUCACGAUGGAUUAUUACAGAUAGUAACGCAGCUUCCUCCGGAAGUCACCACGAAUCCCUGAUCACGCCGCUAAGAGACACUUAUUUCCCCUGGUCCGACGGGCCUCAAAACUGCCCCGGUCUCAAGUUCUCGCAGGUCGAAUUCGUUGCUGUGUUAGCGUCCCUUAUGUGUCAUCACUUGCUGACGAUCGUGAGAGAAGAUGGGGAAACUAAAAAACAAGCUCGCGAGCGGGCCGUGAAAGUGAUCAAUGACUGCGACAUGCAGCUCUUGUUGCGGAUGCGGGAUGCUGAUAGGGUUAGGCUGAGGUGUGAACGGAGAUCCUAGCCAUUCUCGCCUGUGCAUCUUAUGUUAGGUACUUUCGUGUGUAAAUAAAUCUUCGCAGUUCAUCCACGGCGGAAAUAACACUCAGUAAAUACUUGCUUAAAAACGGCCUAUGACCAGGUCUAACAGCGGGAGCAGGAUAAGAAUAGGCCAUUCUUAGGGAUAAUCUACCGCUAUUUUAUCCUACCGCUGGAUGAUUGUAUCGAGUUAAUAGGCCGACCAUUGUGGCGGGAUGUAAGAUCUAGAUACCAUGAGGUGCCUUUCGGGGAGUGGGUGCGCAGUAAAUACAGGUCCAGGACGAAUUUGGAAUAUG